AUACCCAAACAUAAACAACUGUAAAAAAUUUGAUCUUUGAGAAGAAUUAGCGUUCUCUAUUACGUUCCCUGAGAUUUACUUGUAAGCUUUCUUGAGAAUCUCUAUGAUAUGACAAUUUUUUUGUAUAAUUUAGCUUGAUGGUUUUGAAAUUCAUGAUCUUUUUCGUUCUCUAGAAGAAUGAAAAACCGAUGAGGAAUUCCCCGCGUUUGUUAAUUUGGUGCUGUUGCUUCGCUAAACAAGUUCUGUCUCUCGUGCAAAGUUACACGUGAUUCAUUGCUUCUUUUAACGUUUUGAAAACACAUUUUGCCAUGACACGCGUAUACAAUCCGCGGCCAGUUAACAAUCCUCACAGAUAUCACCAACGAGGCGGAUGAGAUUGCAGGCACACUUUUCGCGCGUUCGCUAUCUAAGAGUACGUUCCGUUUCACGUAUUAUGCUUAUGAUGUACCUAUCGUUUUAUCAUUUAUAUUCUUUAAUAUUUGGUGAACGACAAAGAUAAAAUGAUGCAUCAUGCACAUCAUGCGUGAAACAACGCACUCUUAGUGCGAGCCACGUGUGAGAGCCAUGGAGCUGAGGUACCAACGAGAUUUCGGGAAAUGUGAGUCUCUGUUCUCUCUAUUUGAAAAAAAAAAAGAAAAAACCAAUCACACACAUACACUAUGGCAGUGUUUAUCCCAUUUUCUCGUCCAUCCUGGAGUAGGACCGUCGAGAGGCUUGGAAGCUUCCAGAGAGUUGGAAUCCUGGGUGAAUAUGUGGAUGGUUGAUGUCCGUGAACGUACCUCUUGGAUGGAACAAAAAAAACGAACGAGCAAGUGUUGGCAAGUUUUUGAGAUGCAAGUGGUGGAAAGACGCGAAAGAGCGAGCGAGCGAGAGAGAAAGAGAGGUGAAAGGAUCUGGAGAGUAAAAGGGAGAGAGAGAGAGAGAAAGGAGUAUAUAUUUUUGCAGGCUAAUAGAAUUUGGUGGGAUGAUGAUGAUGAUGAUGGUGAUGAUGAUGAUGAUGAUGAUGAUAAUGAUGAUGAUGAUGAUGAUGAUGAUGAUGAUGAUGAUGAUGAUGAUGAUGAUGAUGAUGAUACACUGCGCCGAAAGAAGUUGCUAGACAAGUGUGGAGCGAGUGCUUUUUUGAAAGCGUGGGGAAGUUUUUUUCAUUGCGAGAGCGUACGUCGCGAUCUGCGGCGGUGGUUGAUCGCGAUUUAAUCCGUGCUUGCUCUCGCGAAAGAAGAGACAGAUAGAACACCUGAGGCAGACGCGGACGUAAACUUACGUUUGGAAAAGUCUACUUAAUUUUGGAGAGGUCUACUGGCCUGGAGAUGUACAUGACAAGCUGCGACAGGACAAUGCGUGCAUGAUUAAAAUUCAAUUGUCUAUUGAACAUCGCAUGUGAGGAGUUUCAAUAUAAUUCGGAGUAUAUGACGAACAUUAAAGCGA